GUAAAUUAUUCUCCUUUGUUUGGAUUCCUAACAAAAUGAAAGAAAAAGAGAGGGUCCAAAAUCACCUAAUUUAGAUUUAACAAAUUCAUCGAUUUCUAAUUAUUCCCAAUUGCAAAGCAAAAACCCAGCUGAAAAACAAUGCAGAAACCCCGAAAAAGGAAGCAAAUUUCUUCCAAAGACAAUAAUAAUCAACCGUCGAAAAAUGCAAAAACUAAUAUCAAAUCAAUCAAAACAAAAAUCCCAAAAUCAGUUCCUACAAUAGAACCAUACCCAUCUCACCCAAGACCAACCCCAGAAGAAUGCUUGGCAAUUAGAGAUGAACUCUUGAAAUUUCAUGGCUUUCCUGAAGAAUUCACCAAGUAUCGUGAGGAGAGAGAAAAUUCAAGGACUAAUUCCUCAAAUUUGGUUAAUGGGUCCGUAAAAUCAGAGAGUUUGAUGGAGAAAUUGAGUGUUUUGGAUGGUUUAGUGAGUACUAUUCUUUCGCAAAACACCACUGAUGUUAAUUCUCAAAGAGCUUUUGCUUCUCUUAAAGCUGCAUUUCCCACUUGGGAUAAUGUCCUGACUGCUGAACAAAAGUUGUUAGAGGAUGCCAUCAGAUGCGGAGGCUUAGCUCCAACUAAAGCUUCUUGUAUUAGAAACAUUUUGAGUUGCCUCAAGGAGAGGAGUGGGAAGUUAUGCUUGGAGUACUUGCGUGACUUGCCUAUAGACGAAAUUAAGUCCGAGCUCUCCUCUUUCAAGGGAAUUGGACCUAAAACUGUAGCUUGUGUGCUAAUGUUCCAUCUACAACAAAAUGACUUCCCAGUAGACACACAUAUUUUGCAGAUAGCAACUACUCUUGGUUGGGUACCUAAAGGAGCUGAUGCGAAGAAGACGUAUCUUCACCUAAACCAGAGAAUUCCAAACGAACUGAAAUUUGACCUGAACUGCCUUCUAUUUACACAUGGUAAGAUGUGCAAUAGAUGUUCUACCAAAGUAGGAAAGCAAGAGAAGAAAGAAUCAGUCAAUAAGUUCUGUCCUUUAUUGAACCACUGUUAGAGAAUUGAUUAGAAGUGCAUGUGAAUGCUGUAACUUCCUUAGGUUAUAUCUCUAUGUCACUCAAGUUCACUUGGUAACAACAGCAGAAUCUAGUAUAUGACCCACCAUUUUGCGGAGUUUGAGUUAGUUUAGGUGUAUGCAAGUUAACUCCUAAUUGGUUGAGAGUAGUAGAGAAGUUGCUUUCGAAAGAUCUGUACAUAUCCAUGAAUCUAUUGACUUUAAGUUGAAGAAUUUUGUAUCAUAACCUAUCAAGAUCUUAAAUUCCAAGAGACUGUUAGAACAACCAGUCGAUUCAGAAAAGAAGAAGGCGUAUAAUUAGUAUGAGAUGGUCUCGACAACAAUAUUGAUGGAUCAAAAUGGAAGUAGUAUAUAAGUUAGGGUGUUUAAGGUCACUUUCUGAUCAAUUGAUUUUGUGUACUCUAUGUCAAAAUGAAUAUAACACCUAUUCUGUUGAGUCUUGUUUCAAAUUUAUUGACCUUUAGUUUGAUUUUCUUUCUUCAGAA